AAAGUAAAAAAGUUAUUUCCCUGCUGCACAAGCUAUCCAGCUGCCACUCUUUAACUCACUUUUUCUCACAAUAAGUCAUUCUCUUCCUUCCUACUUUCCCCCCUCAGAAACCCAUUUCAUCAUAUCAUCAUCCAAUGGCACCCAGAAGGAUUAAGAUGCUGCUAAGGUUGUGCCUUGUGGUGGCUCUUUGGGGUGGCACAUUGGCUCAAUCUCAAUCAAGUUGCACCAAUGUCUUCAUAAGUCUUGCUCCCUGCCUUGACUAUGUAACAGGAAAUGCCUCAAACCCUUCUUCUUCUUGCUGCUCUCAACUUGCCUAUGUGGUGAGUUCUCAACCACUGUGCCUGUGUGAGGUUGUUAGCGGUGCUGCUUCAACAAUUGCUGCAAGUUUCAACAUCAAUCAGACUCGGGCUUUGGCUCUCCCCACUUCUUGCAACAUUCAGACACCUCCUCUUACCACCUGCACUGGCUCAGCCUCUUCCUCACCAGCUUUUUCCGUUUCAAACUUUCCCAACUCCCCUUCAGGGAUUGGAUCCAACACUGUUUCAUCAGCGACCGGAAGCAGUACGAUUGUCGGUGGUUCAUCUCACGGAAAUUCAAGUUCCACUUAUAAAUUAUCAUGUUCUUGGUUUCUGAUGUUUGUCCUUGCAACCACUUUGACUUUCACCUUCACGAGUACCACAUCGCUCUACAUCUUCUAAAUCUUCUUAUUAUAUAUCCUUUACAGCUUCCUGCUUACCGACUUAUAUUGUAUUACAAUGUCCAUUGUGCCUUAACAAAGUUAGGAUUAGCUUCCCCUCUCUACUUUUAAUUAUUUCUAUUUUCCUUCUAA